AUGUCCUCGUUUGAACUGGAGAACGACUCAUUCUACAUUUGCACCGAGCUCGCGCCCCGUUGUUAUAUCGUCCAAAAGGCAAUCCAAAUCGACCGUGGCCAGCUGGAGAGAAUGAUCGGGGAUAAGGAGACGAAGAGGCAGCAACCGGCUGAGCAGAAUAAUGCCGAAGCUCCGCCCCCUCCCGUGUUGCCUUAUUGCCCAUCCCCGGUCCCACAGGCACCAGAUCUACGCUCGCAGCUCAAAUUCCAGCUCGAGUAUUAUUUCUCAAGGGAAAACCUGAUGCAAGACAGAUAUCUGCGCUGCCAGAUGGAUUCUGAUCAGUGGGUGGCGAUCGCUAUUAUUGCGAGCUUUCGGAAAAUCGUGCAAUUGACGACCGACUACGCGACGAUACUUUCUGUUUUGAGGGAAUCAACAAUGGUCGAAGUAGAUGCAAAAGGCGAACGGGUACGGCCGGUCAGUCGUAGAUGUACAAUUAUACUCCGCGAAGUCGCUGAGGAUCUGGCUGAUACUGUCGAAGAAAUGCUGAGCGGUGGUCCACCGUAUGUCUCUCUCCGUUAUGGCCUCAACAAUAGUUGGUACGUCACGUACAACAGUGAAGAGGAUACGCAAACCGCCUAUUUACACCUGCAAAAUAGUGGGGUGACGAUCAACGGAAAACCGGUUUGCGCUCGAAUCAAAACGGGCGGGCCCCCUUCGGCUGAUAUUGGCCAUCAGGAGAGAUGUGCAUCUUCUAUUCCCCCGACUGCUCCUUCGCCCACCAAUGAUAUCAUGAGUGCCCCAUCCACCGGUUCUUCUCCCCAACAGCAGCCUCCAAUGCCGAGUACGCCACAGUACUCUCACCUCUACGAUUUGGGCAGCGUAUUGGCCGCGUACGGAUUUGUGCCGCGGGCUACUUAUCGUCCUGGUCAAACGCUUGUCCACGUUGGGAAUGACGGAGCGUCGAGUACAUGUUCCGCCCCGGCAGCAUCUGUCGAUAGUAUUGCCUCGACAAUGUCUGGAGCCUAUAUCUCCACACCAACUACAGUUAAUGCCGCUCCGAUACCUUUGUCCAGGUAUGAGAAUUCAUCCCCUCAUCGGCGAGCACGAGCCGAGGAGGAGGACGAGGUGGAGGCGGAGGAACUGGCGGGCGCCCCAAACCGGCAGCUUCUCCACGAGAAUACAGAAAUAAUGGACCGUCCUCAUCCGGUGCCUCAUCUUCUUCCAACAAUCAUUACUACGAAAAUGGAGGUGUUGGCGAGGGAAGGAGAGGGCGUGGCGGUCGAAGUGGUGGUCGUGGCGGAACUGGCGGAAGUGGACGCGGCUCGUUUUAUCAAACUUUUGAGCGAAGGAGAGGAGAUCGUGAUGGAGGAGUGUCGCGGAACCCACGACGCACCGAUCAUCGCACCGAAGCGGAAACGACUACUACAGAAAACCCGCAUUCAAACAGUAAUGGGAGGAGGAGGAGGAGAGGGAGCAGGAGGCAUACGCACUAAUAGUGAAUCGGCCACCUCGGCCAUGUCCGGCCCCUCAUCCUCAUGCCCAUCUACCGUCUACUCAUUCGAAGAGCAGUCAUUCCCCGUCCUCGUCGAGCAGUCCCCACCCCAACCGCCGAAACCCGAGCCCAAGCCCACCUUCAGCUUCAUCGCGUCGGGGAGACGGAGGGAGAAGCCGGCGGAGAAGAAGAGCUACGCGCAAAUGCUGAAGGCACCUAAUCACCAUAAUUCGGCG